AUGCGCCCUCUGGUCCUCCCGUUGGGGCUCCUCGUCACCCUUGGCGCCUCUCAAGGGUUUAACGGAGAUUGGGACCUGGCGUACACCAAGGCCACCGCUGCCCUUGCAAAACUGUCCCAGUCGGACAAGAUUGGUCUCGUAUCAGGCAUUGGGUGGGGCAAAGGCAAAUGUUCGGGCAAUACAGGCUCUGCAAAAUCCAUCAACUACCCCUCGCUUUGCCUUCAGGAUGGCCCCCUCGGUGUACGCUCUGCUGCUAGCAUCACUGCUUUUCCUGCAGGAAUUAUGGCGGGUGCAACUUGGGAUCGCGACCUAAUCCGAGCACGAGGCCGGGGCCUCGGUGAAGAAACAAAAGCACUCGGCAUUCACGUCAUAUUGGGCCCUGUAGCUGGUCCACUUGGCCAGUUCGCACAGGGUGGUCGGAAUUGGGAAGGCUUCUCUAACGACCCUUACCUCGCCGGAGUAGCAACUGAGCAGACUAUUGCAGGCAUCCAAGAGGGAGGCGCCCAGGCUUGUGUGAAGCACUACAUCCUGAACGAGCAAGAGAAGAAUCGCGAGACAAUGAACUCGGUUGUUAACGAUCGAACGCUGCACGAGCUCUACUUAUGGCCUUUUGCAGAAGCCGUUCGCGCUAAUGUAGCCUCGGUCAUGUGCUCAUACAACAAAUUUGAUGGAAAGUGGGCAUGCGAGAACAAGCGCGUCAUGGAUGAACUGUUGAAGAAAGAGCUUGGAUUCCGGGGCUACAUCCUCACUGAUUGGGACGCCCAGCACUCCACUGUCGAUUCUGCCAACACUGGACUCGAUAUGACCAUGCCUGGGUCGGCGUCGGACGGUGGGAAUGUAUUCUGGGGGUCUAAACUUCAGUCUGCUGUAUCAGGUGGACAGGUUUCUAGUAGCCGGCUUGAUGACAUGGUUACAAGGAUUCUGGCAUCAUGGUAUUUGACCAAGCAAGACUCGGGUUAUCCAGCAACUGCCAUUGACCGUCAAACGAAGAACGGGGGUCCAAACGUGCAAGGAAACCACUCUACUAUUGCGCGUGCUGUUGCCCGGGACGGGAUUGUGCUUUUAAAGAACACCGAUGGCAUCUUGCCUUUAAAGAAACUAAAGAGCAUCGCCUUGGUCGGAUCUGACGCUGUCCCGAAUCCAAAAGGCAUCAAUUCAUGUCAGGACAUGGGAUGUAAUCAAGGUACUCUUACGAUGGGGUGGGGUUCUGGUUCCGCAACGCUUCCUUAUGUGAGCUCUCCUGCUGAUGCAAUCAGCGCAAGAGCAAAGAAAGAUGGGGCCUCAGUUACCCUCUCCGCCUCUGACACCGCUAGCCAAGGCGCUUCGGCUGCGCAAAAGGCCGAUGUUGCAAUCGUCUUCAUCACCGCUGAUUCCGGAGAGGAGUAUCUUACCGUUGAGGGCCAUAACGGAGAUCGUACCAAUCUCAACGCAUGGCAUAAUGGGGAAGACCUCGUGAAAGCGGUAGCAAAUGUCAACAAGAAUACAAUUGUCGUCAUUCACAGUGUUGGACCAAUCCUAAUGGAGGCGUUUGCCGAUCUCGAUAGCGUCAAGGCGAUUGUCUGGGCGGGACUUCCAGGCCAGGAAGCUGGCAAUGCAUUAACUGAUGUAUUAUAUGGGGAUGUGAGCCCCAAUGGAAAACUUCCCUACUCAAUCGCUAAGAAGGCGGGAGAUUAUGGGACGACGAUCCAAUCCACAUCCGAUAACUUUGGUGAAGGCUUGUAUAUUGAUUAUCGUGCGCUGGACAAGAAAUCGAUUGUCCCAAGGUAUGAGUUCGGAUAUGGACUUUCUUAUACUACAUUCAACUAUUCAAACCUCGUUAUCACUGGAUCCCCUACAUCUGGGCCAGAAAGUGGUGCCACGAUUCCGGGGGGCGCAUCGUCUCUCUUCGAAGGCGUAGCUACUGUUACAGCUACGAUUACAAACUCCGGCACGGUGACUGCCGCGGAGGUUGCGCAGCUAUAUGUUGGCCUCCCAGAUUCAGCACCAGAAACCCCCGUCCGCCAAUUACGUGGAUUUCAGAAACUAUCAAUCAAUGCAGGAGAAGGUAAGACUGUGAGCUUCUCAUUGCGGAGAAAGGAUCUAAGUUAUUGGGAUUCCACGUCAAAGAAAUGGGUGCUUCCAAAAGGAACGUUUGCAAUCGACGUUGCCGCUAGCUCGAGGGACUUACGGCUGAGUGGGAAGAUCACGUCGUUGUAG